CCGGGGCCGGGAACCGGGGCCGGGGGCCGGGGCCGGGGGCAGCGGCCGCCCCCCGCCAUGAACUGCCGCGCCGAGGUGCUGGAGGUGUCGGUGGAGGGCCGGCAGGUGGAGGAGGCGGCGCUGGCCGUGCUGCACACCGUGCUGCUGCACCGCAGCACCGGCAAGUUCCACUACAAGAAGGAGGGCACCUACUCCAUCGGCACCGUCGGCACCCAAGACGUCGACUGCGACUUCAUCGACUUCGCCUACGUCCGCGUCUCCUCCGAGGAGCUCGACCGGGCCCUCCGCAAAGCCGUCGGGGAGUUCAAGGACGCGCUGCGCGGCUCGGGCAGCGACGGGAUGGGGCAGAUCUCGCUGGAGUUCUACCAGAAGAAGAAGUCGCGCUGGCCCUUCUCGGACGAGUGCAUCCCCUGGGAGCUGUGGACCAUCAAGGUGAACGUGGUGAACCUGGCCAACGAGCAGGAGCGGCAGAUCUGCCGCGAGAAGGUGGGCGAGAAGCUCUGCGAGAAGAUCAUCAACAUCGUGGAGGUGAUGAACCGCCACGAGUACCUGCCCAAGAUGCCCACCCAGUCCGAGGUGGACAACGUCUUUGACACCAGCCUGAAGGACGUGCAGCCCUACCUGUACAAGAUCUCCUACCAGAUCACGGACUCCCUGGGCACCUCGGUCACCACCACCAUGCGGCGGCUCAUCAAAGACACGCUGGCUCUGUAGGGCCGGGUGCUGGUCCCCCCUUUGGGAGCACCUCCCUCCCCUCCACCUCUCGAAAAAGCCUCUGCGAGGAGCUGGACUCGGCCCAGCCUUUUAAUUGUGGGUUGCUCCUGGUUUGGGGCGAGCGUCCCGUGGGGUGCUGGCCACGGCAGCUCGCCCGUCCCGGAGAACCAGCCGGGUGGCUGCGGGGCCGGAUGGGUGAGCGCUGCCCGUCACGGCACCGCCUCGGCGUCGGGAGAGAAGCGCUGGGGAUCCUGCUCUGCACCUCGCCUUCCUCCGGGG